AGUCGACCAGCAGCAGCGCCACGGCGCGCGUUUCGUUCCGCUGCCUCGUGCGAUGAGUGAUUGCCGACGCCGCGAAACCCCGCAAAUCGCUGCCGCGCGCCAGGCGAGCCAUCCCACCGGAAAGGCACGGGCAUUGCUGUGUCGCCGGAGAAACGCGGCGCUAUUGAUCUGAAGUCGGCGGACUAUGUCACCGUGCAGAUAGCAACCGCCUACUUUUCUCACGGUAGGUAAGCGAAACUAGCUGAGCGUGUUUUGUGGCUGCAGGACUCAGCAAUGGUGGACCUCCUGGGCUCUAAAGACGGUGGCGGGGGCGGCGGCGAGCUGCGGCAGACGCUGCGCUCGCGGCUGCUGUCGGUGCUGGAGGGCAGCAAUGACCUGCUGUCCGGCCUGUCGUCGCGCCUCGAGUCGGCGCUCAGCCUCGGCUCCGACGACGCAGACAGCGACGCCGCCAGCCGCGCGCCCACCGAGGCGCUGCUCGGCGCCCGCGCAGGCGCCGCCCCGGACGGCGACGCCGCCCACGGUAGUACAAUACUGUCCCGCAAGCUCCGGCUGCCACAGUUCGGCCCGGGACUUCCGUUCGAAGACUACGCCGCCAUGGCUCGGAAGCGCCAGCAGCGCCAACAGGCGGACGAGGCGAGUGGCGGCGAGGGGGCCGGCGGAAGCGGGGGUGGCGGGGGCGGCGCCUCUAGCAGCGAUAGCGAGCCCAUCUCCAGGGGCGGCGAGCUGCGCGCCACUGGACCGGACCCUUAUGAGAAGCUCAAGUACUUCACUGAGGCACCAAGCAGUGGUUCAGCAAGUGAUGGUGAUGGCUAUGGACCCAGUACGAGCAUAGAUUCUGACCAUGACGGCAAAAAGUACUGGAUCAGAUCAGGGUCUGAAGGUUCAGUACAAUCUUGGGCCUCCAGCCUAAGCUAUGAAAGUCAGUCUGAUGAAAUUUUGGCUGAAUCUGUUGAAUUCAUGCGCAAAUUUGUAGCAGACUUAUUCAGAGACAGCUCCUCCAUAUCACUAGAACAGAAAUCUAAAUUUGGACAAUUGGCACAGCAUGAAUGUGGAAGGUUGUGGUUUGCAAGGUUCGUUAAUGCACAAAGAGUGUUGAACAAAAGAGUUGACGAAUCAACCUUCUACAGUUUGGUACAAUAUUUUGCCAUUGUACUCUUUGAAUGUGCUGAUGCAGAUGAUUUUUCACCAGCUAAAUCUCUCAUGAAUAUGUGUUUCACAUUUUACUAUGAAGUUGAUGUUCCUGGGUGUGAACCAUACAAAGAAUACUUGUACACAUAUCUGAAAGACCAGCCCAUAUGGCACAGUUUGCGCUUCUGGAAUGCUGCCUUCUUUGAUGCACUACAGUGUGAGCGGGUGCACCGACCUGUUGUCACUAGAGAUGAAAUUCACCAUAAUUCGCUUGAGGCAAUAACAGAUGAGAGACAGUACCAGGAAAACAUAACAUUUGGACAGUUAGGGACAUUCACUUGUAACAUGCAUGCAUUUGGAUUAAGUAAAGAACUAUGUUAUGAAUUUCUAAGGAAACAGUGCAUAAUUGCUAAUCUGCGGGAAGAUCAAGAGAAGAUGUUACGUGACAACAUUGAAAGGAUGUAUAAGGAAACAGAUCCUUGGCGAUAGCAUAAGUAUCAACAUACACAAGUCAGUAAUACGUGACUGCACAAACAUAUCUGCAAGAAUGAAUGUAACUAGAUGUGUGUUAAUGGACAACAUUAUCAUCUUAUGAGGAAAAAGAUACAACCUGUCGGAAAGGCCUUACAAUGACUAGGGCUAACUUCUUUUUUGUAGAUAACAAUAAAUUUACAAGUCUGUUCGUAUGUAAGAGGUAAA